AUGAGAAGAAUGGUUAGAUCUUAUGUCACAGAUAUGCGGUAUAUGUAUUAUAACAAAUGGACGGUUGAUCUUUUGCUGGGUGUAUUCUUGUUUCUUUCUUUCUUUUUUAAAUUUUCUAUGUUGCUACUGUGGGGCAUAUUGAACACCAGAUUUUUGCUGCAAUAAAGGAUACUGUUAGAAUCAUUAAUACCAGGAUGUUGUUAAAUUUGUUGGUUGAAGGCAGUAUGGCUUGCACUGCCCUUGAUAAAGAUGGAGUAGAAAUUUCUUAUCAUGUUCAAAACCUGCCAUUCCCAAAUAUCUGUCCUGAUAAUUUUUGCUAAAUACACUUACGUUGUGUUUAGUUGGGAAUUUGAGAAGGGAUUUAGAAAAGGAAAAGAUAGGUGAAAUAAAAAUAAAAUAUACUUAUAUUUCACAUAUUUUUUCUUUUUCUUUUUCUUUUUCAAAUCUCUCAACCAAACACAAUGUUAGUUAAAAACAUUUUCUAGAAGGUUUUUUCUUUCUUUCUUUGGCCUGGCAUAGGAUUUUCUUUAUUCUCAAAAUCUUUGUUCCAAUGCAGGUAUAGUGAAAAAAUCGUGCCACAAAAUUUUCGUGUUUUGAGAUUUCACCACAUCUUUUAGUUGAGAGUGCAUUAAGAGUGUGAAACAGAUAGGGUUUGAACCGAAUUGAGUCAAAUAGUAACUUGUUUAAGUUUCAAAAUAUGUAAAAACCUAACUAGUUUGCUUCUCGAGCCAAACAAGAGUCUAAUUUGAAAUAACUUAGUUUAUUUUAUCACUCAAGGAUCAAAUAUUAUUUUGAGUAAAGAGGGGUCUUUUAAUGUUCUGGCUUUUUUUAUACAAGACGGUGAAAAUUGAGGAUAUCUUCCCAACCGCAUGAGAUCAUCUCAUCAAAGAGAUCUGACAAUUUGGCUUUAGAUUCAUUACCCAUCUUGAUCUAAUUGUGACUAAGCUUCAAAACCUCUCAUCCAAAGAGUCUUGCACCGAAAAAGUAGUGGUUUAAGCUUUGUUUUUAUAAUUGCUAUUAGUUUUGUAUUGCCAAACACUACACCACUCCAUUUGGCAAUCUACAAAUACCUACCCCUCUUCUUCACCAUCUUCCUCACUCCACCUCCAACACUUCUCUGCUCUCUCUAUUUUCAGGGCAUUUUUGAGCUUACAAGAAAGAAAGAUCAAUGGGUGUUGUUACCUUCACCGAGGACAUCGCUAGCCCCGUCCCGGCGCCGAGGCUGUUCAAGGCCUUGAUCCUUGAUGCUGAUAACCUCAUCCCCAAGAUUGUACCACAGGCUAUCAGGAGCAUCGAAACAAUCCAAGGAGAUGGCGGCCCUGGAAGUAUCAAGCAAAUGAACUUUGCCGAAGGUAGUCCUUUCAAGUGCUUGAAACAUAGGAUUGAUGCAUUAAUGGACAAGCUCGAGUUCAUUUCUUAUGAAAUGAAGCUUGAGUCCGAUGCCAAUGGUGGUUGCGUUGGUAAGAAUAUAAGCAAGUACCAUGCCAAACCCGGCGUUGAGAUCAAGGAGGAGGAAAUCAAGGCCGGGAAAGAGAAGGCCUCUGCCGUGUUCAAGGCUGUUGAAGCCUACCUCUUGGCAAACCCUAAUGCCUAUGCUUAAUCAUCCUCCAUUGAUGAAACAAUCUCUUGCAUAUCACUCUCUCUUCCAUUUUACUAGAAUAGUUUGUAUGUUCUCUAUGGCCAAACCUGCAAAUUUGGCUUGAUAAAUGUGUUUGUGUAAUAAUAUAGAGUU